GGAAUUCCCUGGAGUAUUCGUAAAUCAUUUUGAAGUGUUCCGUUUCGCUCUAGAACAUUGUAUUUCGAUUUCAUUGGUUUUUAAACACUAGUUGCAAAUGGCUGACAAAGGAAUGGGUAAGGUUGAAGAAGAGAUUCUGCUCAACCCAGAAGUAAUUGCUAGGAACUAUGAGAAGGAUGAUAUCGGUUUGACAGAAGAAGAAAUCAGUGCUUUCGAUGAUGAAUAUAUUCCAGAGGAGAUGAAACAGCGUCCAUGGCGAACUCAAACUCGCGCUUUCUAUUCUACGGCCUUGAUGUGCGCUGUAUCGGCUUGCAUAGUUGGUAUUGAUAUUGCCCUUGUUAGUGGAGCAACUGUUUUUUACGUCCCACUCUUCAAUAUCAGUUCAAGAACAAAUGUCCUGGGACUAGUCUCCUCCGCAACCUUAUUAGGUGGAACAUUUGGUUCAUUGAUUUCAUCGCUCUUAAAUACUUCUGUGGGACGUAAGAAGACUUUGUUUGUUGCUGCAGUUCUUUCCACAGGUGCUGCACUAUGGGAAGCACUGUCACCAUCUUGGCAAAUGCUUCUCGUUGGACGACUGCUAUUAGGAGUUUCUAUGGGACUGCUGACGACAACGAUAAGCUUGCUUCUAUCAGAAAUAACUCCCUAUAUUCUUAGAGGCGGUGCCGUGAGUAUCUAUCAGCUUUUAAUUACCGGUGGAAUAUUUAUAGGAUACGUUGUCGAUGCCAUAUUUGUCAAUGUAGACACUAUUGGAUGGAGACUUAUGCUUGGAGCUACAUUGGUUCCGUCGGUAAUAGUCAUUUCCGGAAUCUUAUUUCAGUGUGAAUCACCAAGAUGGCUUAUUGAAACUGGUCGAUAUGAAGAGGCUUUGACAGUGUUAAAGAAAUUGCGUGGGGAAGCCAUGCAUGCUGAGCAUGAUUUUGCAGUUAUGAAGAAAGCAGUGGAAGAAGAGAAAGCCCUAAACAAGCAGAUCAAUCCGUACAAAGAACUUUUAACAGUUGCAAGCAACCGUCGAGCCUUGUUGAUUUGUAUAAUGAUCAUGUUGUUUCAACAAUAUUCAGCAGUGAAUGUCUUCAUGUAUUAUGUUGACUAUAUGUUGGUGAAUUUGCUACAUGUGACUUCCAAGACUUCCGUAGAAGCAAGUGUGGUGACAGGCUUUGUAGACUUUUUGUUUACUUGGCCAGUCUUUUGGAUAGUGGAAAGAUGGGGAAGACGGAAAUCACUUUUGGCAGGAUUUCCUAUCAUGUUUCUGGCAUUGGUUCUUGCUUUGUUUUCUAAUUAUGGUUCUAAAAAUGUGAAGAUUGGGCUAUUCAUUGUGGCGAUUGUAAUCUUUCUUCUUGGAUUUGCUCCUGCAUUAGGACCUCUUCCAUUUGUUUACAGUUCAGAAGUCUUUCCAUUGCAUCUUCGAUCGAAAGCCAUGGGGAUUAUUAUCUUCUGGUACAAUGUUUUUGACUUUGUCGUUGCUUUCACUUGGCCAGAUAUGGAAUCCAGUAGUAUGGGACUCAAAGGAGGAUAUGGUUUUUAUGGUUGCUGUAUAGUCUGGGGAUUUAUCAUGGUGUUCCUAUUUGUCCCUGAGACUAAAGGAUAUACACUUGAACAGUCCCAUCUCAUAUUUGAACACAGUUUUUCAGAAAUUGCUUCGUAUCAUUGGAAGACUGGGAUUACUAGUAUUCGAAGAUUCUUUGGAAUGUCGGUAAAUGAAAUUGAGAAACUUUGUCCCUACGACAAGGGCCUGAACGUAUCUCAUGCCAAGGCGACGGAGAGACAAAUUUUCCAUAAAUGAAAAUGACUCGUGGAACCUGAGUAUUUCAUUCAGAUAGAAAAUUUCUUGUCAUGCUUGUUCUUAUUUUUGUUGAUUGUUAAGAAUGAAGGAUUUGAUCGUGUUUAACCAUCUUAAAUGAUGUUCCCGACAUUUGCAUCUUAA